GGCGGAAGCGAUGGCGGCGCUGGGAGACUCGGAACAGGUUCGCUACUGCUCGCACUUCCCCUACCUCUGCCUCAAGUUCACGCUCGUCAUUUACUCCACCGUCUUCUGGUUGCUAGGGGCGUUUGUGUUAGCUGUGGGCAUUUAUGCAGAAGUGGAAAGACAGAAAUAUAAAACCCUUGAAAGUGCCUUCUUAGCUCCAGCAAUCAUCCUGAUUCUCUUGGGCAUCGUAAUGUUCCUUGUGUCCUUCCUUGGAGUAUUGGCUUCUCUGAGGGACAAUUUACACCUUCUUCACGCUUUCAUGUACAUUUUGGGCUUUUGUUUGUUCAUUGAACUAAUUGGUGGAGUUACAGCCUUAAUUUUCCGAAGUAAGACAAUUGAGUUUUUAAAUGAAAAUAUCAGGAAAGGAAUUCAGAAUUACUACGAUGACUUGGACUUCAAAAACAUCAUGGAUUUUGUUCAAAAGGAGUUUAAGUGUUGUGGUGGAGAAGAUUAUAAUGACUGGUCAAAAAAUCAGUAUCAUGAUUGUUCUGCUCCAGGACCAUUAGCCUGUGGAGUCCCAUACUCUUGUUGUGUCUCAAACAAGACAACAGUCAUUAAUACCAUGUGUGGAUAUAAAAUGAUUAAUAAAGAGCGCCUGAGAGUUCAACACAACAUAUAUAUCAGAGGAUGUACAAAUGCUGUAAUCAUUUGGUUUAUGGACAACUAUGCCGCCAUGGCUGGAAUUUUGCUGGGUGUAUUGUUUCCACAGUUUUUUGGAGUGAUGGUCACUCUGCUGUACAUCACCCGAGUAGAAGACAUAAUUGAUGAACACAACUCGAAAGGGGAACUGCUUCAGACAAGAAGACAGAGGGAAUAUGAUGAGCCAGCUGGAGCUGGAUGCUGUAUGUGUUUUCCUGAGUAACAUCAGAUUGCCCUUCGACCAAGACUAACAGUUAAUGUCCUCUUGCACUGUGCCUUGAAUGUAAACUUGAAUGUACUGUGAUUUGUAAGUAAUAGAUGACAAAUGUCCUGACACUUUCCAGACAUCAUUAACAGAAAAUAUCUCUAAGUGCUCCUUAUUACAGUGGGAUUUGUUCCUAUGUUGGAAUCUCUCUUCUUUUGUGACAUCCCAAAAAACCCUAGCCUUGGUAAGAGCCAAGGUGGCGCAGUGGUUAAAUGCAGCACUGCAGGCUACUGCUAGAUCAGCA